AUGUACUCCAUCCGCAGUCUCUCGACUCUUCUGGCCCUGUUUCUUGCAACCCAGGUGCAAGCCCAAGAGAUCGAUGCAAAUUUGACACUCACUUUUUCCAACGGGCAAGAUCAUGGCCCCCAGAACAUUUCGUUCACCAUGUGGGAUAGACCCAAUGCCCUCUAUGCAUCCACCUGUUUCGAUCUCGCCGACGUCUUCGGCAACACGAGCACCAAACACUUCUGGGAUUAUAGCGUCGAAAAUGCUCAAGGCUUCAGCCCAAAUGCCACUUGGACAGCUAUGACCUACAGGCAGCUCAACCAGACCGACCCCAAAGUCGGCAGAGACGCUGCCAGACUUGUCAAGAUCUAUAUGGCGGAGAAUUGUACCGAGAGUUCUUAUCUGACUUGGGAUGGGUUCAGUUGCCAGGAUGCCGGGUCUUAUCACUUCAUGCCUAAGGGAAUCAAGAGCUUUUCUGUUCUGGACAGAGGUCGUUACUACUAUGAGGAUCCUGGUCACUGCUGGGUUGAUGCGGAGUUGGGUCAGUCUGCGGCCUCGACGAACUUCAAGAGCUGUCUUGCGGCAGUGGUGGGCGCUUCCUUAGCUGGCAUGCUGUUGGCUCUGUAG